CCAAAAAAUGCUUUCGUCUCCAAACAGGAAGACUACUAGAAGAAGUAAUGGGAGUUUGGUAUCAGUAGCUUCAAAUACAAAUCUCUCAUCCAAAAUUUCAAAAAAUCCUAUCAAAGAUGUUGUAAUCUAUGAUCUCCAACAAAGCAGAGGAAGCAGUUUCAAAAGAGCCAGGUCACCCUCUCCUAAGAGUGGGAUUCAAUCCCCACAGAGAUUCUUCCGGAAUAGUGGAAUAAACAAAACUGAACCAAUGGUAAAUCUCAGAGAAAAGGGCUCGAGAGCUAUCAGAACUCUUAAGAAAAACCCUAAGUUUAAAAAAUAAACUUAGAGUAGCUCCUUCCAAGGACUCUCGUAGUUACAAAAGAGUAAUGAAGCAGAGCAAGACAAUUAAGAAUUACAAGAAGGCGCAUAAUCAGAGAUUAUGUCCUUUUUCUUCUCACAGCAAGAUCAAGAAUAUCUGUUUCAUAUCAAUGCAAAAGAAAAUAAUGCUCCAUAAAAAGAAGAAUAAGGACCAAGCAGUCAGAGUUCAUAAAAAUAGAGUUUUCAGACCUAAAACAGAACGAACCUCACAGAUCGGACAGAUAGGAUGUGGAGAGACCGGGGAUAAGGAAUAUUUCGAACUAGAUGUUGAUGGAAAGGAUAAUAUGUUCAAUAUGUCCAUCGAGGAUAGAAAUAAGUCUACAUUGCAGACGUCCAAGCCUACUAAGAAUCCAAUUGAUAUUCAAAAGAUUAUACAUAAUAUGAACCAUAUAUCGACCAAGCCUACUUUAUUAACAACGAAUCCGAUCACAAAAGAAGAUCCUUCUUGGGGCACUGGAACGAAGAAAGCACACGAGUUAGUUCAUCUUGCUGAGGAAAAGGGGUAUUACGAGCAUCUCUCGACAUUCUUAGAGGGAACAAUACACAAAAGGAGAGAAGCAGCUUGCACAUCCAUUGUGCCUUACCCCCAUGAAGAUCCAAACCCUAAGAAAUUCAGAGAUGUGGUGGUUGAUACUGGGGAAUGAUCAUUCAAUUCAUUAACAUUCAAAAACUCCCUUGUGAAAGAACUAUCUCUAACAAAAGUCACUCUUGGGAAUCAUUUAAAGCAGCCAAUGGCGAGCAAGACCUUAGUAGCUAAAAAUAACAGAAUAAAGUCCAACAGUAGAAAGGAAAAUAAGAUUGAAACAAGUUUGAGCCUUAAUCAACUCAGAAGAAAGCGAGCUCGUCCUACUACAGCAAUAGUGAGUUUUAAAGAGAAGAGAGCAAAGAAUCUUCAUCAGCUCAGAAAUGCUAGCAAAUCGAAGCAGAAAUAAAAUGGUUGUCACAAGCCUACUCAAUGAUGAUUUGAAUUAUGGAAAUUUCAACAAAAGGUCAAUAUCUACAAUAGAUGAUCAUAAAAAGAAAUUCAUGUGAAACCAACCCCAAAAAGUCCGCCUCAAAAGCAAGAGAAACUCUCAAACCGGAGAGACCCCUCCACUCCUCUAUCGAAAGGGUAAACUCCCCAGUAACCUCAAAAACAAAUAAGCCUACCAAGGGUGGACUUAGCCACUACAAGAAGGACUUAACAAUAGACCCAUAUUCGCUACAAAAGUCUCACCAGCUAAAGAAUCUAUACACAAAAGACAGCUCUAAAAUCUAGACUCAAACUUGACUUCAACAAUGACCUAGUGGUUGUCUCCCGAUGUAAUGAGUCUAGCAGUAAUGCAUCAGUGCAGUAGAAAGUAGUCAGCAAGGCAAGAGCCCAGUCAGGGAUUUUGGAUAAGGAAUUUU